AUGAAACUCUCGUUCAACAACCGAAAGGCCGACCCUAAUAGCAAAGAUCCAGCUUUUAUCCCGGCUGAAAUUGAGGAGGCUCUUAAAGUUACUCCUGACGUCCGAGACUACGCUGGAGCACAUGCGAAGUAUGACCCAGCCGAAAUUGCACUAGUACGCCGGCUCGACUGGAUGAUCAUGCCCAUUCUCUGGUUCAUGUACUGGCUCAACUACUUGGAUCGUAAUGCCAUCGCCCUAGCGAGACUAAACACCCUCGAAGAAGAUCUCAACCUUUCCUCGACAGAAUACCAAACAUGCGUCUCCAUUCUCUUCGUCGGGUACGUCAUCGUCGGCAUUCCCGCCAACAUGGUCGUAACACGCGUCCGCCCGAGCCUCUGGAUGAGCUCCUGCAUGGGCGUCUGGGCCAUCAUCAGCGCCCUCACGGCAGUCAGCCAGAACUACACGGGCCUGCUACUCACUCGUUUCUUCCUCGGCAUUACCGAAGCUCCGUACUACCCCGGUGCUCUUUAUGAUAUCAAUCCUGUAUACGGGAAUAUCCUCGCGACGGCAUUUGCUGGCUUGAUCGCGCUAGGAAUCUUCCAGAUGCACGGGAUGGCCGGCAUCGCAGGCUGGAGAUGGCUCUUCAUCAUCCAGGGCGUAGUCACGUUCAUCAUCGCCAUAAUAGCCUUCUUCAUCCUGCCCGACGAACCACUCACGACGCGAUGGCUCACCCCUGAAGAACGCAUUCUGGCCAACGAGCGUAUCCUACGAGAUACUGUCGGAAACACUGGGCAGACGACUACUUGGUCUGGUCUCUUCGAGGCUGCCAAAGAUCCCAAGGUUUGGCUCUUCACCGUGAUGCAGCACUGCCACCUUGGCGCCAACGGCUUCAAAAACUUCUUUCCGACUGCUGUUGAGACGUUGGGCUUUGAUGAGACGAUUACUUUGGUGCUUACUUGCCCUCCGUAUUUCAUUGCUGGAAUAAUAUCGAUUGCAUGGUCUUGGUCUUCGGGAAGAUUCAACGAACGCACUUGGCACAUCACCAUAGCAAAGACGGUUGCUGUGUUCGGGUUCAUCCUUGGCUGUGCCACCCUCAACACGGGUGCCAGAUACUUCUCCAUGGUCGUCUUCUCUGUCGGCACGUAUGCAGUGAACUCAAUCAUACUAGGGUGGGUCUCGGCGACUUGCUCCCAGACGAAGGAAAAGAAGGCGUCUUCCCUCGCCAUCGUCAACUGCAUUGCCGUCGCAUCAUUCAUCUGGACACCGUAUAUGUGGCCCAAGUCCGACGAGCCCCGAUAUGUCAUGGCGAUGUCUUCGAGCGCGGCUCUCAGUGUUGCUACUGCCAUGGGCGCGUGGGCGAUGCGGCUCUGGCUCAAGAGUGAGAACAAAAAGAUCCGGCAAUCCGAGAACGAGAAUAUUCUGUUUUAUGCGUACUGA